GCGGACAAUUGUCCAGUUAGUACAUCACAGCCAGCGGAAAGACUGUAUCUGAGCGGCCAAUUAUUCCGAAACAACACUUCGAUAGCGCAUGUAAGGGCAUAAGCAGGAAGCCGAAGAAAUGAACGAUCCAACGCCUCCAGCGAGUGCUCACCAAGAUACACGGCCGACUUCCCCUCGGAACUGCAGCAGCCGCAGCGGAAGACUGAGAGAAGAGAUUGCAAUAUUUAGCGCCGCGUACCCUAUUAUGUCUGCAACCGACAUAUAUUGAGGAGGGUACAAAAGCGGCGCAACCGUUCCAGUGAUCAACACUUGUGCCUUAACGUUUUGAGCUAAGACCUUGCCAAGCUUCAAGGAUGAAGUGCUUUCUCUUGCUGUUGACGGCCGCGGUAGCGAGCUGCGCUCCGAAUUCAGACAGCGAAGGUGGUACGCUGCUGUCCAAGCUAAUGCCGGACGUUCAAGAAUGCGGCCUCAACGAGGUGUGGAAGCAGUGCGUGAGUAGCAGCUGCGCCGAGGCAUCCUGCAGCAGGCCCAUCAUCGGGCCCGCCUGCACGGCCGACUGCCGCUACGGAUGCUACUGCGCCGAUGGAUUCUACCGCAACGACGAACGGAACUGCGUGCCACUGGACCAGUGCCCGCAGCAAGGAAGGGGAGGAAGGCCUCAGCCGCCAUGCCGCGAGAACGAAGAGUGGCAGACGUGCGUGAGCAGCUCCUGCGCGGAGGCCACUUGCGAGAAAAAGACCAUUGGUCCCGAAUGCACGCUCGACUGCCGGCGAGGCUGCUUCUGCGCCCGGGGAUUCUACCGCGACGCCCAACACAACUGCGUUCGCGAAGACCAGUGCCCGACGUCACUGUAUACCGCGCUCGACCCCGAACAUGAGGGCCAGGCCUUCCUUAUCCAGCUGGCUGUAACGUUGCUCUGCAGCAAGAAGCCGACGGGAAGCAAACGAAACAGGGCGUUCCUGGCCAUCCUUGUCCCGGUGCGCCAGGACGGCUCCCACGCCGUACGGCGACGCAUCUACUGGGGGUACAAAAGCGGCGCACCCGUUGCUGCGAUCUCCACUUUGCCUGAAGGUUUUGAGCGGAGACAUUGGCAAGCUUCAAGGAUGAAGUUCUUUCUCUUGCUGCUGACGGUCGCGGCAGCGACCAGCGCUCCGAAUUCCGACAGCGAAGGUGGUACGCUUCUGUCCAAGCUAAUGCCGGACGUUCAAGACUGCGGCCUCAACGAGGUGUGGAAGCAGUGCGUGAGUAGCAGCUGCGCCGAGGCCUCCUGCAGCAGGCCCAUCGUCGGGCCCGCCUGCACGGCCGACUGCCGCUACGGAUGCUACUGUGCCGAUGGAUUCUACCGCAACGAGGAACGGAACUGCGUGCCGCUGGACCAGUGCCCGCAACAAGGAAGGGGAGGAAGGGCUCAGCCGUCAUGCCGCGAGAACGAGGAGUGGAAGACGUGCGUGAGCAGCUCCUGCGCGGAGGCCACGUGCGAAAAGAAGACCAUCGGUCCCGAAUGCACGUUCGACUGCCAGCAAGGCUGCGUCUGCACCAGGGGAUUCUACCGCGACGCCCAGAACAACUGCGUUCGCGAAGACCAGUGCCCAACGUCUGUUUAGAACGAAUAUUACCGGCCAA